GGGCGGUGCCGAGGCUCGCGGCGGAGCUGAGCUGGUUUCUGUCGCCUCACCCGCAGCCGAGGCUCCGGGACUGACGGACAGAGCCGGGGCCGGGAGCCUCCGGGGCAGGGCUCGGGAGAGCGGGCCCCACCAUGAGGCCCCAGCCCCGCCGGAGCCCCCGCGCUCCCCGGGCCCCGGGCGCACGGUGCUAGCCCCCAGCCGGGGCGUGGGGAGAAGCAGUGGCCAUGGCCAGCCACGUGGACCUGCUGACAGAGCUGCAGCUGCUGGAAAAGGUGCCCACCCUGGAGCGGCUGCGGGCCGCCCAGAAGCGCCGGGCCCAGCAGCUGAAGAAGUGGGCCCAGUACGAGCAGGACCUGCAGCAUCGCAAACGCAAGCAUGAGCGGAAGCGCAGCACCGGCGGCCGGCGGAAGAAGGUGACCUUCGAGGCCAGCGUGGCCCUGCUGGAGGCCUCCCUGAGGAACGACGCCGAGGAAGUACGCUACUUCCUGAAGAAUAAGGUCAGCCCUGACUUAUGCAACGAGGAUGGACUCACAGCCCUGCACCAGUGUUGCAUCGACAACUUUGAGGAAAUCGUCAAACUGCUCCUUUCCCACGGUGCGAAUGUGAACGCCAAGGACAACGAGUUGUGGACGCCCCUGCAUGCCGCGGCCACCUGCGGCCACAUCAACUUGGUGAAAAUCCUCGUUCAGUUCGGGGCCGACUUGCUUGCCGUCAACUCUGAUGGGAACAUGCCUUAUGACCUCUGCGAAGAUGAGCCCACCCUGGAUGUCAUCGAGACAUGCAUGGCGUACCAGGGUCUCUCCGCCGCAAUGUAUUCAACGCUCCAUUUAAAAGGCAUCACUCAAGAGAAAAUCAACGAGAUGCGGGCGGCUCCGGAGCAGCAGAUGAUCUCAGACAUCCACUGUAUGAUUGCGGCGGGCCAGGACCUGGACUGGAGUGAUGCCCAGGGUGCCACGCUGCUGCACAUAGCGGGGGCCAAUGGAUACCUGCGGGCAGCUGAGCUCCUCCUGGACCAUGGAGUGCGUGUGGAUGUGAAGGACUGGGAUGGCUGGGAGCCACUGCAUGCAGCUGCCUUCUGGGGACAGAUGCAGAUGGCAGAGCUAUUGGUGUCCCAUGGGGCCAGUCUCAGUGCUAGAACAUCCAUGGAUGAGAUGCCAAUAGACCUGUGUGAGGAGGAAGAAUUCAAGGUCCUGCUGCUGGAGCUAAAACACAAGCACGAUGUGAUCAUGAAGUCACAGCUGAGGCACAAGUCGUCCUUGAGCCGGAGGACGUCCAGCACGGGCAGCCGUGGGAAGGUGGUGCGUCGAGCCAGCCUGUCGGAUAGGACCAACCUGUACAGGAAGGAGUAUGAGGGAGAGGCCAUCCUGUGGCAGCAGCGGAGUGCAGCCGAGGAUCAGCGGACCUCGACCUACAACGGGGACAUCCGGGAGACCAGGACGGACCAGGAGAACAAGGACCCAAACCCCCGGCUGGAGAAGCCUGUGCUGCUCUCCGAGUUUUCUACCAAGAUCCCACGAAGUGAAAUGGACGUGCCUAUUGAGAAUGGCCUCCGGGCUCCAGUUAGCGCCUACCAGUAUGCACUGUCCAACGGGGAUGUCUGGAAAGUGCAUGAGGUGCCUGACUACAACAUGGUCUACGGCAGCCCUGGCAUGGCUGAUGCCACCCCACCCUGGAGUGGCUACAAGGAUCAGAGCCCCCAGACGCUCCUGGAGCUGAAGCGGCAGCGUGCUGCAGCCAAGCUGCUCAGCCACCCUUUCCUGAGCACCCACCUGGGCGGCGCCAUGGCCAGGACCGGCGAGAGCAGCAGCGAAGGCAAGGCCCCCUUGAUCGGAGGUAGAACUUCACCAUACAGCAGCAGUGGGACCUCAGUGUAUUACACGGUCACCAGCGGAGAUCCCCCACUCUUGAAGUUCAAGGCCCCCAUGGAGGAGAUGGAGGAGAAAGUUCAUGGCUGCUGCCGCAUCUCAUAGUCUCCAUGUGAUGGAGGAGAGAGAUGCUUUGGGGAGGGGUCCUUGGAAUCCAGGCCAGCCCAGCAACCCUGGCUGGAGAGGCUUCGGAGGGCAGCUGUGGGGAGGUGGGAUCUGCUGUCCAGAGGAACACUGACCCCACCUCUCAGCUAGCUGCCCCUAGCAUCACCGCUUCCCACAGUUCUGCUUCCUGCUGCAUUGUCUGCCGUCAGAAACAAGGCUCUACUGGCUUCUCGACUCACCCUGCUGUCAGAUUUUGGGAGGGAGGACUGGGAUUCCAGUUCUAUUGCUGGUAAAGGCUUCUCUGGACCAGUACUCGCAUGUCACACAUCAACGCGCGCGCACACACGCUCCAUCAUCAACAUUUGUAGGAGUGACAGCUGGGCUCAUGGGAAGCAGGUAGGACUGAGAAUUUGUGGGCUAUUCCUAAAAGGAUUGAGGUUAAGAUUCGGAGUUUUUGUCACCACUGCCAACAUGGCUUUAGCAGGGGAGGAGGCCUGCUAAGCCGAGACCCAGAGUCCCACCCAGAGUCCUACCAGGGUCUGGACCACCAUCCACACAUGGCAGGAGCAGAAAAUCCUCUGUUCAGAGGGAGCCAUGUAGCAACAUGGGUGGAUGCGAUGGACACAAGCCUGCUCCCCACAGCCUUGUUCAUCAGGAACCAGCUGUGUGACUACCCAGGGGUCAAGGUGGAAAACCAUCCCUGGAAGAACCAAAAUUGCAUUUUGCUCUUGGAUGGAAGCAUCAAAACGUGGAGCGGGUGGGGAACAAAGUUAGUGUUUCUAAAAGUGCAUUUGCUACAAUAAUUAUUUUAGGCUGUAAAACUCUAGGCGGGAGGUAACUGAGUGGGGCUGCUUUCAUGGAUAGUUAGCAUGAUCACUAGGUUUCACUGACUGGUAUUGGAACAUGAGCUAAGUCAGAAGCUUCAGUUUGUAGGGCUUUUCCAAGAAGAGGGGCAAGUUCAUGUUGGUAACUUCUGCAAACACCUCUGGGAACCAUGACAGAGCCCAGGACCCCGGCUGAUCUUUGUGAAUAUUGACGGUUUCAGUCUAGCCUAUCUCAGUCAGCCCUCCUUCGACUGAGCCAUCAGAGUCAGCAGCGAGGGGCUGCUGCCGCCCACCCCUCCCCGAGUGAAUGCUCAGGACCCCAGGCCCAGCUUUGCCUUUUCUGGAAUAUUCAGUGAGACAAGUUGGCCAGUUGGCCCUCGUGAGUUCCUGCCUGGCUCCGGGGCUCCCAGCCUGCUCCUGCCAGGGUGGUAACGCCCCAGGGCAGCCAACCCAAGGUGCCCAUGGCCACCGUCCUGCGCUGCAUUCAAGAGCGCGGUGGUGGAGCUGGAGUUGGGUCUUGCCCCAGCCCUGCAAUUUCAUAACCCCAAUCUCUCUGAUGCUGGGGAGGUUGUACCACAAGGGGCAGGCUGUCCACCGCUUCUCCACGGCAUUCUCUCAUAAGCCCCUAUGAAAUUGUUGCCUAUGAGUUGGGCGCUGUCUAUAGGCUCAGCUAAAACCUGUUAGUGUAACUAAUGAGCAGGUUUGUUUCCUGCUCUGUGCGCCUUUAAUUUGCCCUAAAACUACCUCCUUAGAGCUCUGAAGGAGCCCCUUAGAUCCAGAGUCUGAUUUGGGGGACCAAUCUGGGUUCCCCUUCACCCUCUUCUUUCUGAGCCUAUGAAAAAUUCUCCCUGAGGGGCACCUGGGCCAAAGGGCUGGAGCUGAAGAAGCCCCCCUUGUCCCACAACCCUAGGAAUGGAUCUGCUGCCUGUCAGCCCUAGUCCCCCCUGUGGCCCCCUAUGGCCCCCGUUACCCAGAGAGACAGCUGGGUCCUUGGAGGCCUGGCUGAUGCUUUACCAAGAGUAGAGCAGCUGGCCUGGAGAGCACGGGGUGCGAGGGAAGUCACUGUGCCCCUAGCAACUCCUGGAUGCAGGACAGGUCACAGAACCAGGCCACCCAUACCCCAGCCCCAGGACAGAUCCAGUCUAGGGUGGAGGGGCCCGUCAGGACUCUGCAGACCAUUGUGUAGGACGCCUCCCAUGUCCCUGGGGGCUGGGGCGAGCUCUCCAUCAUGUCAGCUUACGGCUGGAGCAGGGCAGGGCUGAUCUAAAACACACAACCUUUGGCUUUAAAGCAGUGUGUAGAUCAGACGAACAUUGAAAUUCCUCUUGAGCUGACUUGAGCGGCCAGCUAGGGAGUGCCGGCGGCAGCCACACACUCCUCAGGCGAGAGCUGUGCAGGUUUUUGGAUCUGUUCGCUCAGGAGCCGGAGCCCGGAAGCAGUCAUUGCCCACUCUGCACCUUCUGGCCAUUGCCUCUGUCCCCCUUGCUUCCUGCCGCCUGGGCCAUUCCUCUCCCACCCAGAAGGCUGGGAAUCCCGGCCCCCCCAAUAGGAGCCAACUACAGACUCUUGGGCACUAGCUCACAUUUUCAGUCAAGGACAAACUAUUCCCUGGUAGGGGUUCAAGUACCUGGGGUACUUUCCCUCUAGGUCUCUUAGGUGUUGCAGUAAGAGCUGGGGCUAGGGUCAUCCAUUUAUCCACUCAUGUAGUUUAUUGAGUAGCUGUGACAUACCAGGUGCUAUAUUAGCGUCUGGGGAUAAAGAAGGAGCAAGAUAAAGUGAGGAGACGGUUCGUUACCGUUUUCAUCCCUUGAGAACCAUGGGCGUCAGCAGCAGCCCGUUCAAUUCGCCUGAGACAGAGUGACUGCAUCCUGGUCCAGCACCCCUUUGCUUUCCAGCUCCUGGGCUUCCUAGAGUAUGAAUCCCCUUUAGCCAGGAAACAGCUGUCAUGGCCACUCCUGGAUGACAUUUGCCACUAAACGCAGAUGCUGGAUCUUGGGUUCCAGGCAGACACCGUCCCAAGUCCAUCUGGAACUCUCAGGGAUAGCUGCCUUCAGUCCAGCAUCUUUGGGGCACCGGGUAACAGCAGUUUGAGGUCAGUGUCUAGAAGAAUACGGAGUCUGGAAUUUACCGCCCUACCUAGGCAUCUCAGGUUCUUAAACUCAUUGUCUCUUGCUGAUUUUUGCUCAUUGAUUAUGUAUCUUCCUGCCCCACCAAUGGCUAAUGGGAGGAGAAGGAGCUUCUCCUUUAACAUGAAAUCCUUUCCUCCUGAUUCUGCCUCUUCCUGGCAGGUGUGGAUGAAGGGGCUGGGAGAAGGCUGGCAAUUGAUGAAACUGCUCUGCACUGUGUGAUCAAUUUAAACGGACUUAGAAGGUUAACAAGGGUGUGGCCCCUGUCCUAUCCCACCACAGGUUGCUGGCUUUGUAAUAACAUGAGACCAUUUGGGUUAUUGAUGUCAGUUACCUUUUGACCUUGAGCUCUCCCUGAGUAGGAUACUGGGUCCUUUCCAGAAGGCGCUUAUGAGAUGCUCAGAAAGACUAUAUUUAACUCUUGCUAUUGUAGCCUGGGGACAGCCUCCCCUUCCCCAGGGCACAUAAGAGCAAAGGGUCAUGUGGGCAGUGGAUAACUCCACAGAAGUGAUCCUCUUUGCCACAGGCUUCAGCCCUGUCCUCAACAGGAGUCUCUCGCUGGCCAGCUGGCCAGAGGGCCUGCUUCCCAUGGGCAUGUAAGUGCCGCAGUGCGGGGCCUGGCUCUGCACACCUAGGACAAGUCUGCAGACCCCCAGCCCUCCGCAAUAACUCACCAGACCAGAAGCCACUGAUGUACAGAGAAUACUUACGAAAAAUGUAUUUUAUGUGAAAAAAAGUUAAAACUCCGUAUACUGUAUCAGCAGCUUUGUGUAAAAAUGGCAAUCAAGAGAGUCUAAUAUAUUUAAAACUUUUUUUAAAAAAAAUCCUCGCGGAUCUUUGAUAUUGUAUUGAAGUAACUUCCAGGUAGCUCCCCACCAGGUGGCAGGGGUGGGCCUCAUGUCCAAGACCGUGGCCCAACCACAUCCCACAGGGGUACGCCCCUGGAGUUGCUUCUAGCUGCCAAGGCCUGUGAUGGAAUUCGCUGUUAAGAGUUUUUAAUUAAGAUUAUUAAAUUCCUUUUAAUAACA